AUGGCCCAGACAGGUGUGCUGCUGACCAAGGAGCCCGCCCCGCAGACGGUGCCGGUCUCCGAGCUCCCCAUGAAGGUCUACGAGGCGGCCCUCAACACGGGCCCCGACUCCUCCUGCGGCCUGGCCACGGCCGGCUUCCGCACCGCCAAGUACCUGCCCGAGGAAUGGCACCAGAACAACUACGCCCGCUACCAUGAGGCCUUCGCCGACCGCGACCACUCCGAGCGGUGCCGCCAGGAGUCCCAGAGCCUGGCGGCCUACACCGCCGCCCUGGCGCAGCGCACCCAGGAGGACUCGACCGCCAAAGUGGGGGAGCGCCUGCAGGACAUCCACUUCUGGAAGUCGGAGCUGCAGAAGGAGAUCGAGGACCUGACGGCCGAGACGGACCUGCUGGCGGCUCAGAAGGUACGCCUGGAGCGGGCCCUCGACACCACCGAGAUCCCCUACUCCAUCGCCACCGACAACCUGCAGUGCCGUGAGCGCCGGCAGCCCCCGGAUCUGGUGAGGGACCAGGUGGAGGCGGAGCUGCUCAAGGAAGCCGAGCUGAUCCGCAACAUCCAAGAACUCCUGAAGAGGACGAUGAAGCAAGCCGUGAACCAGAUGCAGUUAAACCGAGAUCACAAGCAGAUCUGCGAGAUGGAUUGGUCGGACAAGCUCGAGACGUACAACAUCGACGAGAAGUGCGGCCGCUACAAUAACCAGAGCACCAACAUCCGGUUCCAUCCCAGCUCCUCGAAAUUAGAGGACAGCGCUUCCUCGCCGGAGACCUGGGCCACGUACAGCCACGACAACAUCUACCGGGCCGAGCGUGAGAGGCUGGCCUCCAUCAACCUCCGGGCCCUGAUCGACAACAUCCUCCACGACACGGCCGAGGACCUACGCAUGCAGAACGACAGGGUGAACGAGGCCUUCACCACACAUUGCGAGGAGCUGGACGAUGCCAAGCACAAGCUGGAACAUCACCUGAGGAAAAUCCUAAAGGAGAUUGGCGACCAGGAGUACAACAUCGCCGCGCUCAAACAAGCCAUCAAAGACAAAGAGACCCCCCUCAAGGUGGCUCAGACCAGGCUCUACGACCGCUCCUUCCGGCCGAAUGUUGAGCUCUGCAGAGACGCCGCCCAGUUCAGGCUGGUCAGUGAAGUUGAAGAACUGACAGCGUCCAUUGAGGCCCUGAAGAAGAAGCUUCUGGACUCUGAGCAGUCCCUGAGGAAUCUGGAGGACACCCGCAUGAGUCUGGAGAAGGAGAUUGCAGUCAAAACCAACAGCCUGUUCAUCGACCGGCAGAAGUGCAUGUCCCACCGAACCCGGUACCCCACCGUCCUGAGGCUAGCAGGUUACCAGUAA